CUGGCAUCAGCUGUAUUUUCAUUGGCUACAAAAUUACAGCCGUGCAUCAUUUUUAUCGACGAAAUCGAUUCAUUUUUGCGUUCACGAAGUUCACAUGACCAUGAAGCAACUGCCAUGAUGAAGACUCAAUUUAUGAUGCUAUGGGAUGGAUUGGCAACAACACCAGGAGCAACUAUAAUCGUCAUGGGCGCAACGAAUCGUCCAAAAGAUUUGGAUCGUGCGAUUCUACGUCGAAUGCCUGCGCAAUUUGUCAUUGGUGCACCCGACACAGAACAACGUCGAAAAAUUUUACAACUUGUGCUUGAAACAGAAAGUGUAGCUUCAGAUGUUGACUUGAAUCGACUGGCCAAACUUGCUGUCAACUUUUCGGGAUCUGAUUUACGGGAAUUGUGCAGAAAUGCAUCCGUUGCGAGAUUGCGAGAGUUCGUUCGGGUUAAUGAUGGUACAACCUCGGACGCACGCCUUGAAAAUACUACCAAAUUGGAUAAACCACCACCACCAAUAUCAAUGCAACAUUUGCUAGAUUCAUUCGGCAAGAUGAAGGAAUCAAAGAUGCACACCGGAAUGCUGGGAGAGCAUCGUAUUGAUUUAGAUUAGGGAGAUUAGUAGUGAAUGUAAUACAUAUAUGUAUAAUCUAGUUCAAUAAAUAUCGAAUGAGAAGAGCCUCAAAUCAAGA